CAUUUCUCCUGUUUGACACAUUCAGGCUGCUGUCAGUCAGUCAGAGUGUAGAGCGUAUGUGAUAGCCUGACUGCAUGAUGAAAGUCCACUGGUGGAGCUGUGUGUUGGGACUGCUCUGCAUGCCUGCUGAGGUGAUACUCGGCCUCGGGACAGCUUUCCAAAGUCCCUCAUCCAUCUCUUUUAUGAGAGUCAACUCAUCUGCUGAGAUCACAUGCUCCACGUCCCUGAAGAAUCCAAUGGGGCUAUACGUGUACAGGCAGUUCCACAGUGAAAAGAACAUUGUGUACUUGGACUUGAUGGAAUUUUCAAUCACCAAGAACACCAUAUAUAAUACAUUUACAGGCCGACUUCACGUAACUCCAGCCAAGACGGUCACCAAUGACCAUCACGGGUUCACCUUCCAGCUGUCUUUGCUGGGCCUGGAAGACACAAACUUGUAUUACUGCGAAUGGCUUUACACAGACACCCAGUUCAAUAAAAGACAAGUGGCCAGCAACGGCACCAUCAUUAUAAUCAAAGAGGGUGGCCCUGAGGAACAAUGCAAAAACCCCAUACUGGAUCUGAUUUUAAUUUGCUCAAGCAUUGGAGCAUUUACUGUCAUACUGCUCAUCUUCAUUAUAGUGCUGAUUAUGAGGUGCAAACGAUACAAAAAGAAAUUCCGACCUGCUGUGCCACCACCAAGACCUCCGAGGCCUCAGCACAUCUGUCCUCACCACCACCAUCCUUACUUAGUCACAUCUGUGAGCACAGACAUAAACAUGGAUGUAAACAUGGACGUCAGGUAGUGCUCAGAGAUGGUGCAAUGCUGACAAUAAUAAUGCGUAUGAUGCACAAUUAAUUACACAGUGCAUUUAUCAGAGUGUCGUUUCUAAGAGCUGGCUGGAGAUGUAAUCUCUAACCUUUUGCUAUAGUGCAUCUCACUUCCUUUUACAUAAAUUUGUGUUUUAUCUGCACAAAAAUGACUGAGCUACCACAUCCUGGUUGAUGCUCAGUGUUCAGGUGCAAUGUGUGAACAGUGUGGGUGAAGAAAAACUGCAAACCAAGCAUUUUGAUGCAGCACUCACUGGCUUGACCUGUUGAGUUUUCAACAGCUUUG